AUGAAGAUCGCCUUCCUACUCCUUGCCGCCCUCUGUGCGCUUUUGGCCUCCCAGCAGGUCAGCUCUGAGACCGUUGUCAACUUCAACUUCGAAGGAAUGAUCCCCGCCGCUCCCGAGUGCGAAGCUCCCGAGUGCGAGGAGUGCGACGAUUGCGAGACAUGUGAGACCUGCGAGACGUGUGAGACGUGUGAGACGUGCGAGGAGUGCGAGACCUGUGAGACGUGCGAGACCUGUGAAACGUGCGAGACCUGCGAGACCUGUGAAACGUGCGAGACGUGCGAGAUGUGCAAGACCUGCGCCUUUGUCAUGAUCGGCAGCACCACCGCCGAGCCCCUGGCCAACGCCAUCUCCGACGCCCUCAACGCCGACUCCGAGUUCCCGUGCCUCGGUGCCGUGCGCGGUGUCGGCACCGGUCCCGGCUACGUGGCCUCGUUCGCCGGCGUCGAGGUGGGCCUCGCCUCGCGCGAUCCGCGGUCGGCCGAGCUCUCCGCCAUCCCCGACCCGAGCACCAUCAAGCUCUUCGCCUUUGGCCGCACCUCGACCUGCUUCGUCGUGUCGACCUCGGAGUCGAACACGGUCAGGACCUCGUGGACCAAGACCGAGCUCUGCGAAGAGCUCAAGGCUGACGAGGCCCGCGCGACCAAGUUCAUCGGCCACAACGGCGCCGUGUCGACCCACGUCCAGCGCGUGGCCACCGGGUGCGACGUGUCGGUCGGCUCGAUCCGCUUCGACGAGGUGGUCGACACCCUCACUGUCGCCAGCUCCGUCGCCGAGCGCGGAGCCAACUGGGUCGGCGUGGUCCCUGCGGACGAGCUCCAGCCCUACCUGGCCGAUGGCGAAGUGGCCCUGAUCGAGGUCGAUGGCAAGUCGUGCAUCGAGCCCGAGGCCCCCUUCGGCUCCUCGGUCUGGUUCGUCGUCAACCAGAUCGAGUCCGCGCGCUCGCAGCAGUUCCUCACCAUCGCCCGCGAGGCCCUCCGCGACUUGGACAGCGCUAUGAUCGGCCUUGCCGUCAACCCCGAGGCCGUCGGCGUGGCCCCCGACCAGGCCCGCAGCUAA